GAAAGUUAUAGUUCACCUGCGGACGUUGGCCUUGGCGAAGCGACGCUGAAGUAAAGGGGUUAUAACAACCUCCUAAACACACAUAGUGGACACAGUACUCCUCCCUGAAGCAUGACCUUAUACAGAUAGACUGAGGACCUUGUGAUGAACUUUCCUCGAAUGCAUAAUGGUAGAAAGAUGAAAGUUGUUGCGCAUUCCAAGCACGAACAGAGCACGAGAGUCGAGCUGUGGUGACACGGGGACAUGACACAACAACUCCAAAGGGCUUAGAGGAAGACGACAGUGCCAGAGUGCCAUCAUGAAGGUGUCCGGACGUGCUCUGGAGCUGAAUGCCAUCUUCCUGGUGGCGGUGUUGCUGCUGGUGUCGCUGCAGGUGUUUCUACACCACGUGCAGAAGCGGAUGUACACUGAGGAGGUGAGGAACUUGAGCGAGCGAGCAGUGCCGGUCCCGAGCGCCGAGGGGCAGGACGGGGAGCUAGAAGGCGCUCCGCUGGGCGUCCUGGACGAGGCGGCGCCCUCGCAGCCGGCCUUCGUGCCCAACAUCCGCAAGUCGUUCCCCAAGAGGAAGGCCCACUACUUCCGCAAGCUCAAGAAGUCCAAGAAGAACAAGAAGAACAAGAAGAACAAGGCGAAGAAGGCGUCGGCGGCAGGGGGGGAGGGGAAGCAAGGGGGCGGGAAGGGGGAGGGGAAGGCCGUUCCCUCGGGCCCGAAGAAGGACGGCCCCCACGCCAGAGGGAAGGCCAAGGCCAUGGGCGCGAGGAAGGAGGCCAAGCUAAUGCACGACGACCUCGUGCGGCUCAAGAAGGCGGUUCAGAGGGAGAUGUCGGAGGGAAGGAAGGCCGAAAAGAAGGCGAACCCCCCCACGCAGUAAGGCUUAGGAAAGGCAGCGUUUAGACAGGGAACCUCUUUCAGGGGAGCCGCACGCCCUCUUCAGCUGCGGUCACAUGGGACAACUAAAAAAAAUGAAGCUACUAAAAACAAUUAAAAGAGCUCUAACUGGGUGAUUUUUGGGUUAGAUGCUAUAGAUGCAGCUUAUGUAAAUCAGAUCCGUACUGUUUAGAUACUGUAUCAGUGUCAGCAACUUUGUGGAUUAGAUUGGAUUAAGCUCAGAGAUUAAAAGCUUAAGCGAUAAUGAGUUCUUGUGGACAUUUGACGCUGGAUUUUCAUUUCUCUCAUGACUGACAAUUUAGGUAAUCUUUCAUGUUUUUAAAAGUAAACUUAUACCGUAUAAACACCCACUGUGGAAUACUAAAGAAGACUUUAACACUAAACAAAACGUUAAACAGACUAAUGAAAUAUAGUAUUGUGUGACGAAUAUAAAAACAGUUGGUUCCAUGCCUAGUUUCCCUGAACUCGGGUCCUCUACAGAAGUGCACCUAAAGAAACCUUUCGUCGAAACGUCAAGACAAAAAGACCUUGCUCUGUGGGUGUGUCUUCGCUGUAUUCACUCCCAUCCAUGAUGUGUCUUUCAAAUACGAUAUAUAAGUCUUGUGUAACUUGAAGUUUGCGUGAGAGUGCGACGACGAAACCUAAAACUUCUUGUUAAACCUGCUCGGUGCCUGUAUUUGUUGACAGUAUUAAGCACGUCUGCACAAUUGUACAUUACGUUGUUUAUAUGUGUGUUAGUCCCAGAAGUGUCUCUUGUUUGGAUUGUACAUUUUUUUGCGAACACUUCUGGCGUCUCUUCUCAAGAACUGGUGAUUCCCCGUUCCUUUGAAUCCGGGGCCUUCAGUCACGCCUCUUUUAGGUUCCUUUUAUAAAGAGAAUCGAGAAUAUGUAUCUUUAAAACACUGUUGUUUCUGUGCAAACGACUUAAAAAAAAACUAUCCAUUACAUGAAACGGUGGUUAAUGGUUGAAGUGUGUAGCCUGAACGUUGACUUAGAUAAUUAAUAUGAAUUAUAGGGUGUUAAGGUUUGAUAAGUGCUUACAGGACCUAUAGGAUUUUUAUAGGCGUCGCCAUUUGCUUCCUUGCAUUGAUUUACGGUCAUUAGAAAAAGCAUUUUAGUUAAUUUUUCGAUCAGCCAGUAUUACGUCGGUUGUUGAGGGAUAUGGCAAUACGUCGGUUGUCUUCUAGUAUUAAUAUUCUUUAGCUUCUAAAUCUAAUAGUCCUGUACGAGUCUGAUUUCCCAGGUUACAUAUGUCUUCUGUCCUCAUGUUAAGUGUUCUAUGACUGGACAACCUCAACUUGUCUACAGUUAAACGCGGUCACAGUGAGAAAGAAAGGCAUUAAUCGCUAAAUUUCUCUAACUGGGGACUGUUUUGUUGAGGUUUACAUUUGUCUGGAUUUUCAGGGGAAUACAUUAUACCUAUUACACGGUAAAUAGUGUAUGUUGAAAAGGACCACUUAAGUCCGUGUAUUAAUACAUGCUUACACAUACACACGCGCACGCACACGCUUACACACACAGUCACAUUCACAGUCACAUUUACACUUACACACUCACACUCACACUCUCACACACACACACACACACACACACACACACACACACACACACACACACACACACACACACACACACACACACACACACACACACACACAGAUAUACCUACGUGUUUAUAUGAUUAAUCACCAACUUGUAUUUCCUCUUUCUACACACUGAACGUCCUAUACAAAAGUUACCUUAGUGGACGUGGUCUUUGCAGCACACAGCAUAUAUUUUUCUACAUGUAAAAGCAGGGGACCUUUUACUGACUUCACCAACAACCACAAUCUAUAAUCGUAUUUUGUACAAACAUUGAAGUGCUAUAUAUGGUUGAUAUGCGUAAGUUGAUAUAUAGAAAGAAUAUAUGUAAAAGUGGAACGGGUUUUAAGAAUCACAACAUACAAUGUUUAUCUUACGUGUUGUGUGAAUGUUAAAUCGGUUUUGCAUGUUUGUAGAUAUGAAAUUAGAAACUGUUAUAACCUGGCCUGUUUUAUUUUAGGACUAAAGAGGCAAUAUCAUAUGUUGAAAAUGCGUUACGUUUAUAAAAAAAAAAUAUAUACAGAGAAUUUAUAACCAUUUAAAAUGUACAGAUUUGUAUGUGAUAAUUUUAUACAAAUAAAACAAGAGAGCUUU